UUUGAUGGGUUGAUACGUCCAAUCGUUCGAUUAUCGAAUGAUGAGUGGAAUACGUAUUUUUUUACGAUAAAUACUAUAUAAAAGUGUAAAUAUUCAAGCAAUAAGAUGUCUGACAUCAAUAUGGAGAAGUUCGCUGUGCCAGACUUCGUCCCCGAGCGGUAUGUCAAGGAGUUAGCAAAGUCUUGCGUCGGGGGGGAGGAACUCACUCAGCAAAAGGAUAAGAUUCAAACUUUAGCUGAAGAAACCGCAAGUGCCCUGAAGAAGAAUGUCUACGAGAACUAUAUGCAGUUCAUCGAGACGGCGACGGAGAUAUCCCACCUAGAAGCCGAAAUGUACAAGCUGUCUCACUUACUGAGUGAACAGCGUACGGUGCUGACAACGCUGUCCCACGCCUCAGUGCUGGGCAACGAGAACAACAUAUCUCGAGAGUCGCUCGACAACACCGACUUGGAGGCGGAGCGUGCAGAAGAACAACGUAAAAACAAGCUUAACCUUAUUUCAGAAAAAGUUGAAAGCUGUAUGAACCUCUUAGACGUUCCAGAAAGGACGUUACUGCACGAAGGCGAUUUAUUAGAGAUAGAUGCAGAAGAAAACACUGCCUUACAGAGAAUGCAUGUAUACCUGUUCAAUGACUGCCUUAUGUUGACCUCUUGGAUAUCUAACCGUCGCGGUCCCAUGAGAUAUAAGUUCCAAGCCAGUUAUCCUAUCAGUACUCUAGCUGUAGUUAAUGUGCGGGAUCUGGGUACUGUUAAACAAGCUUUUAAAGUGUUAGCAUUCCCAGACACAAGAGUAUUUCAAUGUAAUAGCUUGGCUAUAAAAAAGGAUUGGUUGGAAAAGUUUGAUGUAGCUAAAAAGAUGCAUAUUGAGAAAGAGAAUUCUAUACAGAAAAAGAAAGAGAGUCAAGAAAAACCUAAGGCUGAGUUGAUGGAGUCACCUAGCCUGUCAGUAGAGGAGUUACCUUCCCCACAAGUAGCACCACUACCUGAGUGGUUAGCAGAUGUCACAGAAGAGUUGGAUGUAUUGAUUGUUGAGAGACAUUUCCAAAAGACUUAUGAACUGAUGGUGUUGGCCCAGAAAGCUCUAAGCACUGAUGAAUUCAAAUCCCACCCACAAAGAGCUGAAAUAUUGAAAAAAAUUGAACAGAAACAGAAGGCAUUAAUUGAGAUAUUGUUGAAAGAGUUAGAUGUGACUCACAACUGGAGUCCUAGGGGUGGCUUGCGGUCAUCAAGAUAUCCUGUGCUAAUACUCAAUAAGUUCAACAUGACUAGUCAGGCAUGUGAGCUGUUUCUGGCCAUAUGUAGUCACACAGUCAAGGUGCAUGUUAAAGGAGUCCAGUUGGAAGGCUCCAUCAAUAGUUAUGUGAAGCAAGUGGGUGAAGUGUUCUUCUGCUCACUAAGUGAUGCCUUAACAGAGUUUAUAUCUUUGUUCCCUAAGAACAAAGUUAGUGCUUUUGUAGUAUGGGCUAGUAUGCAGCUUAGGAUCCUCAUGAGUCAACUAAUAAAACAAGUCUUCACUCCACAGUGCCCAUUAGAGUCUAUUUUAGAGUGUGUUCAAAGUCUAAGAGAGCAGUGUACAUUGUUCUGUGAGUUUGGCCUUGAUCUAAGAUUUCAAAUGAAUAGUUGUUUACGGUCACCUAUUAUCAAAGCACUGAGGGAAUAUAAAGAAAAGAUUGUUGAUUCAAUGAAAACAAAGGUAGCUGAAGAUAAAUGGACUCCAGUAGCUAUGCAUACUAAAUUGGGAGUCCAGAAAUUUUUAGCACAGAUGGAAAAUUUGGGCCUUAUUUUAGCUAAGUUCAUAAUAAAUGAGACAUGGGUGGACUUAUCUAGUAGUACUAUAUGGUUCGCUCAAUCGGUUAUUACGGUGCAGAAAGUUGGACUGGAACUGGUAACAAAGGACAUGAUGGAUGUCCUAGACGAAUGUAUCUAUGCUAUAUUCAACGCCCGCCUUAUGCUCUCUCUGGGGAAUGACUCUAGUUAUGCACAGAAUAAUUACAAGUUCAUACUGGAUACAGUGUUGCCUAUGAUGCUCAGACGUUAUAGGGAGGAUGUUGGCUAUGAGAAUGAGAAGCUCACAGCUCUAGCUAAGAAAUUUGGUGUAAAUGUGGUGCCACCCAAGAAGUCUAACAUCACAAAAUAUACAAGUAACGAGUAUUUAUGAGAAUGGUCAUUGGUCAAUACAUAAUAACAAUAUGAUGUUGGUGUAUGAAAUUAUUUUUAUUAUGCUGAAGCUUUAAUACUGUAAAAUAUAGAUGAUAAGCAUGCAGGAUUUUUGUAAGUUUAUUUAAAAACUGAUCAAAUUAAAGUUUAUAUCAAGUUAUCAAUAUAAAAUUUUAAUAAACCAAGAAUAAUGGUUCAA